AUGGCCAAAGGUGGAUUUUACGCUGUGCAAAAUGGCCGUUCCAAUGGGGUUUUCAACAACUGGAAUGAGUGCAAGUCUCAGGUUAGCGGUUAUCCUGGUGCUAUUUACAAGAAGUUUAACACAUUUGCUGAGGCACAAGCUUUCUCUGGCGGUGGAUCAAGUAAUUCAGGCUACGGGUCAGAAAGCACUUUUCACAAAAACCAUCGUGAGCCAGCACCACAUUGGAAAACUCCAAAUGCUGCUCUGGGGAUAACAAAAAAGUCUGUAAGUAAGCCGUCCCCCCGUGGUCGCGACAAUCAGGGUUCGUACUACUAUGAUAGAUUCUCCAAGAUGGAUCAGGAAAAUAGCAGUCAAAGGGCUGCACCAAGCUAUUCGGUCAGCAAUUCGUCAAGUAGAGGCAACGGGUCUCGUUCAAGCUCCAAAAAUUACUACGCUGUGAAAAGUUCAAAUCCACAAGUCAAAGACGCCAUUUUUCCAAGCUGGGAUGAGUGUAAGCGAUACGUUUCAGGAAACGGUGGAUUGUCCUAUAAAAAGUUCACUACCGAGGUUGACGCCGAGAACUUCAUAAGAGGUGUGAGCUCAAACGACUACAAUCUCAUUGGAAUAGAAGAAAGCAAGUUCUCCGAGCAGUUCAAAAGAAGCAUUACUACUGAUACUGGAACCCUCCAACAUCGUAAUGUUUAUUGCGAUGGAUCCGCUCUAGGUAACGGAAAAAAUGGUUCUCGUGCUGGGUACGGUGUCUAUUUUGAAGGUAGUCCUGAAAAAAACAUCUCUGAACCGCUAAACCUAGGUGCUUCUACUAAUAACAGAGCUGAAAUUCAGGCCGUUUCAUCUGCGCUCGAUGAGAUCUGGACUGAUUUGUCUAAACGGGAAUCUGCUGUCAAGUACCAGAUAAAGACAGACUCCGAAUACGUGUCGAAAUUGUUGAACGAUCGUUAUAUGGGCUACGGCACCGAAAAGAUCAAAACCUUACCCAACAGCGACUUGAUUGAACCACUGAUUAAGAAAUAUGCAAAAGUUAAAUCGUAUUAUCAAGUCAACCGGGACACAUUUGGUGACGUGCCGUUCAAGAUUGAAUGGGUCAAAGGCCAUGCUGGCGAGGCCGGUAACGAGAUUGCAGACGAGCUGGCUAGAAAUGGUGCCAGUCGUGCCUAA